UGACAGCUCCGAGUUGUUCGGUCAAACCAGGAAGCUGGGCGACUGAGUGCAUAAACUCGGCUAACGUGCUGCGACAUGAAGUUGUGUAAAAAGCGGUAUUAAAUUUUAUUUUUGUUUAUAAUUCAUUUAAGUGAUCGAUUUGAUUAGGAUCAGGUGCGAAAAAAAAAAAACAUUAUUAGUUCCCCGGUCUCCUUGAUUCUCUACAAUGUGGCUGGUAGUCGAUAAACGAGUCCGGAAAUAGACUGGAUAAAUCUAUGUCUAGGAAUGAACUCCUAUGACUAGACUCGGCUAUAAAAGUUGUUAGAACACUGAGAGAAGGAAUCGGUCAUCCACGAGACCACGGACUUGACCACGAGAUGACCUCUAAGCUGCUAAAACAGAAAAGAAUGGGAAAUUCAGUAUGUAAUCCAGAUUGCCCAGCUCUUCCUCGUGAUGCUAUUGAGGAAAUUCUUCAUAACCUGCCUGGCCAGCAGGUGAUUCUUGUGUGCCGCCUGGUGUGUACUGAGUGGAAGUCGGUGGUGGACAGCACUGCAUUUUGGAGAGAGCGAUGCCGUAGGGAAGGAUUCAAGCCUCUCGAUAUCCACAAAGUCCCAAGAGAUUGUCAGGCGUAUUAUUUUCUAUGUAAGAAGCGACGGAAUCUGUUGAAGAAUCCCAACGCAGAAGAUGGCUUCACUGGCUGGAACAUCAUAGAAAAUGGAGGUGAUAAAUGGGUUGUAGAGAAUAUGUUCUCACCUCACCCAGAUGAGUCUGUAACAAAAUGCUUUGUUACCUCUUAUGGGCGAUGCAUAAAGAGUCAGCUGAUCGACCUUAAGAAAGAAGGGUACAAUCCUGCGUUUAUGGAUGAAAUUCAGCCAGACAUUGUGAUAUCAGAUUGGUAUGCUCCACGGUGGGACUGUGGCAGUGUAUAUGAAAUUCAUGUCGAGUUACUUAAUCGCAAGAAGAAGACUGUCCAGUUCUUUCAACCAGAUCCAGUGGAAUUUCCACAAUGGAAUGAUCAGCAGUGGGAACAGCACAAUGCCACAGAUGUCACAAGUUUUGAGGGAGCGUGCAAUUGGCAUAAUGACUGCAGGAAUGUCCACCAGAGCUGUUGCCCGUGAAUUGAAUGUUCAUUUCUCUACCAUAAGCCGUCUCCAAAGGCGUUUCAGAGAAUUUGGCAGUACAUCCAAAAGCCCUCACAACCGCAGACCACGUGUAACCACACCAGCCCAGGACCUCCACAUCCAGCAUCUUCACCUCCAAGAUCGUCUGAGACCAGCCACCCGGACAGCUGCUGCAACAGUCGGUUUGCAUAACCAAAGAAUUUCUGCACAAACUGUCAGAAACCGUCUCAGGGAAGCUUGUUUGCAUGCUCGUCGUCCUCACUGGGGUCUCGACCUGACUGCAGUUCGUCGUCGUAACCGACUUGAGUGGGCAAAUGCUCACAUUCGUUGGCGUCUGGCACUUUGGAGAGGUGUUCUCUUCACGGAUGAAUCCCGGUUUUCACUGUACAGGGCAGAUGGCACACAGCGUGUAUGGCGUAGUGUGGGUGAGCAGUUUGCUGAUGUCAACGUUGUGGAUCGAGUGGCCCAUGGUGGCGGUGGGGUUAUGGUAUGGGCAGGCGCAUGUUAUGGACAACAAACACAGGUGCAUUUUAUUGAUGGCAUUUUGAAUGCACAGAGAUACCGUGACGAGAUCCUGAGGCCCAUUGUUGUGCCAUUCAUCCACGACCAUCACCUCAUGUUGCAGCAUGAUGAUGCACGGCCCCAUGUUGCAAGGAUCUGUACACAAUUCCUGGAAGCUGAAAACAUCCCAGUUCUUGCAUGGCCAGCAUACUCACCGGACAUGUUACCCAUUGAGCAUGUUUGGGAUGUUCUGGAUCAGCGUAUACGACAGCAUGUUCCAGUUCCUGCCAAUAUCCAGCAACUUCGCACAGCCAUGGAAGAGGAGUGGAAAAACAUUCCACAGGCCACAAUCAACAACCUGAUCAACUCUAUGCGAAGGAGAUGUGUUGCACUGCGUGAGGCAAAUGGUGGUCACACCAGAUACUGACUAGUUAUCUGUUACCCCCCGCCCCCCCCCAAUACAAUAAAACUGCACAUUUUAGAGUGGCCUUUUAUUGCGGCCAGCCUAAGGCACACCUGUGCAAUAAUCAUGCUGUCUAAUCAGCAUCUUGAUAUGCCGCACCUGUGAGGUGGAUGGAUUACCUCGGCAAAGGAGAAGUGCUCACUAACACAGAUUUAGACAGAUUGUGAACAAUAUUUGAGAGCAAUAGGCCUUUUGUGUACAUAGAAAAAGUCUUAGAUCUUUGAGUUCAGCCCAUGAAAAUGGGGGCAAAAACAAGUUUGUU